CACCACUUCCCGAGUAGUGCAGCCUUUUCUAGUAAAAAGAAACUCAGACCAACCUUCACAAGCAGGUAUCGGAGGUGUUGUGCAUUCACUCUGUGUCGACUCGGCACUGCAUCAACAUGUCCUUUCAGCGUCCUUAUCUGAAUCCGAACCUGCCAUUUACUGGCUGUAUCCAAGGAGGUCUGUUUGAAGGGAAGGCCAUCACUCUGACAGGACGAGUUCUAGCAGGAGCAGAGAGGUUUUUUGUGAAUCUGCAAUGUGGCACUAACACAUCCAGUGAUAUCGCCCUCCACUUCAACCCACGCUAUGUGGGUAGCUCGGGUCAUGUGGUGUGUAACACGCUGCAGAAUUCCUGCUGGGGUUCAGAGCAACGGACCAACCACACCCCACUACCUAAAGGCUUCAACUUCACCCUCACCUUCCUGGUUAACCGAGACUCCUAUUCGGUGAUAGUGAACGGCAGCAAUUUCCUGGAGUACUUGCACCGCCUCCCCGUCUCCCGUGUGAACGCCAUCUCAGUGGACGGAGGUGUAGAAAUCGUGUCCAUCGCUUUCCAGAACCCAGCUGCCUCGUGGAUGGCACAACCCUGCUUUGCAUACAAGGUGAAGUCUUCUUACGCUGCACCUGGUUUGUGUGCCACACCUCCUCCGUACAGUCCUCCACAGGCUUAUGUGCUGCCAUAUAAAACUAUUCUCCAGGCUGGACUUUACCCGGGCAGAGUCAUCACCGUGCAGGGUUGCAUCAACCACAAUGCUGACAAGUUCAGCAUCAACCUGCGUUAUAACUCUGGCAUUGCGCUCCACUUCAACCCGCGUUUCAACGAGAACGUAGUGGUGCGCAACAGCCUGCUGAAGGAGUGCUGGGGUAAAGAGGAGAGGAACGGUGGCAUGCCCUUCUACAGAGGCCAGCAGUUUAUGGUGAGCAUCACGUGCGACACUCAGUGCUACAGAAUCGCCGUGAACAGCACACAGAUGUUUGUCUACAACCACCGUCACUUCCUUCUUCAGGAAAUCGACGUCCUGGAGGUUGAGGGAAACCUCAGUGUGUGUUCUGUGACAGCUUGAAGGCUGAGGGAGGUCAUGAGGACGCUCUAAUGACAGAAACUGAUGUCCUUCAUACAAAUCAAAUACUUUGAUUCUUUUUUUUAUUGAAUUAUUGAAUAUUAAUAUAUUAAGGGAUUUUAUCAUUCUUUGUACCUGAACUAAGUUAUGCUCAUGUAAACAUUCAGUGACCUUCUUUUGUCCUAGUUAAAGUAAAGUUUAUUAAAUAGCAAAAGGUCCUGGUGAGUUGAUGUAGUUAUUAACUGUAA